AAAAAUACUACACACAAAUUCUCAGAAUUUAUCCAGUUACCACCCAACCCAAAGCCAACAGAGAGAUAUGAAGUAUGUCCUAGUCACCGGAGGAGUUGUCAGUGGGCUCGGCAAGGGCGUCACCGCUAGCAGCAUCGGCGUUGUCCUUAAAGCUUGCGGCCUCCGCGUCACCUCCAUCAAAAUAGAUCCUUACUUGAAUACUGAUGCUGGCACCAUGUCUCCUUUUGAGCAUGGGGAGGUUUUUGUUCUUGACGAUGGCGGAGAGGUUGAUUUAGACUUGGGUAACUACGAGCGUUUUCUGGACGUGACACUUACCAAAGAUAAUAACAUUACCACUGGGAAGAUAUUUCAGUCUGUCAUCGAGAAGGAAAGGAGAGGCGAUUAUCUUGGAAAGACUGUUCAGGUCGUUCCACAUAUCACUGAUGCAAUUAAGGAUUGGAUCGAGUCUGUCUCUGUCAUUCCUGUGGAUGGAAAGGAUGGCCCUGCUGAUGUGUGUGUUAUAGAAUUGGGAGGCACAGUGGGUGACAUUGAAUCUAUGCCAUUUAUUGAGGCUUUGCGACAGUUGUCAUUUUCAGUUGGACAGGAUAACUUUUGUCUUGUUCAUGUGAGCCUGAUACCCGUGCUAGGCGUUGUUGGAGAACAAAAAACAAAGCCUACACAACAUAGUGUCCGUGAACUGAGAGCAUUAGGCUUGACUCCUCAUCUGUUGGCAUGUCGCUCUGCUCAGCCUUUAUUGGAAAAUACGAAGGAGAAACUUUCUCAGUUCUGCCAUGUUCCGGCUGCUAAUAUUCUCAAUAUUCAUGAUGUCCCUAACAUUUGGCACGUCCCUCUGUUACUUAGGAACCAAAAUGCUCAUGAUGCAAUUUUAAAACAGCUAAACUUACUCAGCAUUGCGAUGCCUCCUGCUUUACAAGAUUGGACCAUGAUGGCUGAGACUUAUGAUAAUCUCACCAAUUCUGUGAGGAUUGCGAUGGUGGGAAAGUAUGUUGGCCUAACAGAUUCAUACCUGUCUGUUGUUAAGGCCCUUCUACAUGCUUGCAUCGCAUGUUCAUUGAAGCCAUCAAUUGAUUGGAUUGCAGCUUCUGAUCUUGAAGAAGACAGUGCAAAAUCGACACCAGAAGCACAUGCAGCUGCAUGGGAAACUUUAAAGAAUGCAUCAUGCAUCUUAAUUCCUGGUGGAUUUGGAGAUCGUGGGGUGAGAGGAAUGAUAUUGGCUGCCAAGUAUGCUAGAGAGAACAAUAUUCCUUAUCUCGGGAUUUGCUUAGGCAUGCAGAUUGCUGUUAUUGAGUUUGCUAGAUCUGUUUUGGGUUUGGAAAGGGCGGAUAGCAAUGAGUUUGAUUCAAAUACACCUGAUCCUGUUGUAAUUUUCAUGCCUGAGGGUUCAAGGACACAUAUGGGAAGCACAAUGAGACUAGGAUCACGAAGGACGCUAUUCCAGACCCCUGAUUGUAUUACUGCAAAACUGUAUGGUAAUACUCAGUAUGUAGAGGAACGACACAGACAUAGAUACGAGGUAAACCCAGAGGUUAUUGAAGUUCUAGAGGAAAAGGGCUUAAAGUUUGUUGGGAAGGAUGAAACAGGAAAACGGAUGGAGAUUUUAGAGCUUCCAACGCAUCCUUUUUAUGUAGGUGUGCAAUUUCACCCAGAGUUCAAAUCACGGCCUAGAAGGCCCUCUGCUCUAUUUUUAGGUUUUAUAUUGGCAGCAACAGGAAAGUUGGAAGCACAUCUCAAGAGUCGUCAAAAUGGAGUUCGAUCUGGCUUGAAACUUCCAAGUCAUGCUCACAAGGCAGAUCAUAUUUUUAUUUUAGAAUAGGAUGAAAAAAAAAAAUCUCUUCGUAGCUUAUUAAAUACGAGUUCCUUAAUGGAUUUGGAUUUGCUCUCUCCGCUGGUUGCAGAUAGGCAUAGAUCGUUGGCAGCACCAGAUCUAUUUUGAUUAAUUCAAGUAAUACUCCACGAGGUUUCAUGCAUGUAACCCUAUGAUUUGUAGAUGCAAAUAUAGUCGGGGCAUCAAACAACUGUUUCUACUCCUCUCUGUACUAGAAUAGCAUAUUAAUGGUAUUGUAUCUCAUGCUUUUUCUUAAUAUU